AGAAGUCAGGAACGGCUUCGAACUCUGCAGCCGGCCUGCCCGCCCUCCUCUCACCAGGCAAUCUUGGGCGGCGGCCUGAUCCAUCGGCCCUGGGAACCUGGGAAACUCAAGUCCUGCCUCCGUCCCUUUUUCCUGCCUGAAGCCUCCAAGAAAAAGCCGAGGUGCUUAUGGUUGCAGCCACCCCAUGAGACAGAAGCUAAGGAGAGGGUUGGAAGUCCUGUAUUUCAGUGCUGCUUUAACACAUGCUGGAUGCCUGUGGGCAAGUAUCUUAACCUUCCAGGAGCACUGGCAAAGAAGAAGAAUUUAUAUACAGCUUUAAGGAACUUCAAAAGAAAACUUUUCAGAAAAUGUUAAGAUUUCCAAAAAAAGGAUUAGCUAAAUUUGACCAAUCAGAUCAAACCACCUUUCUUUCCAAUUUGGCAGUUAAGAGGAAUGCCAGUGCCUUUUUUGAAAAAUAUGACCGAAAUGAGAUUCAAGAAUUGCUCGCCACUGCAGUCAUCAGCUGGCUCUCUGGAAAAGAAGACGUGCGCUCCCUUAUAGAACUUCCUGAUGGACUUAUGAGUCACUUGAAAAGUGUAGGUUUCUCUACUGCAAUCGUGCUAGCACCAGUGGAUCCAAAUGCAAACCUGGAUUAUAGAGAAGUUCAUCAGAUCGUAAGAGAGCUGUCUAUUGGAAUUUAUUGUUUGAAUCAAAUUCCUUCCAUCAGUUUAGAAUUUAAUUAUGAUCAAAGCUCAUCUUGCCAGCUGCCUUCUGCUUAUUUUGACACCAGAAUUGGGCAAAUUCUGAUUAAUGUUGACUAUAUGAUAAAAUCACUGUGGCAUGGAAUAUAUAUGCCAAAAGAUAAAAGGAUGAGGUUCUCUGAAAUGUGGCGUUCUCUUAUGGAUAUUGACGUUGAAGGGAAGCCUCAAACAGACAAAGAUAUAUUUGCAGAGUUUUGCUCAGCAGGUCUCCUCGAUCUUACCAAAGAUCCAGAUUAUGAAGGCAUAUAUGAUGAAGAUAUGAAUGAAGACCCAACCUAUGAUCCCAAUAGCCCCGAAGAAAAAUCUAUAUUCAUGAAAUACAUUGAAAACAUAAAGCUAAAGCUGACAUUUAGCAACACACUAGUUCAACAAUAUGAAAAUGUCUUCUUAUUUGAAGCAGCCUCUUGGCUUACAAAUGUAAUAAGGUAUACCGAUGACUUUCUUGAUAUUUGCACCUACCAGAGAUUACAGCAGAGGCUAGCUCUUCAGAAAAAACUCAUAGAAAAACACCUUGAGAAGAAAUAUGAAAUGCGGCAAAAUAUGGCAUAUCUAAGAUUAAUAUGCUUCAUGAUUCCAUUCCUACUUGCCUUAAAAAGGAAGAUGAAAGUUCCAAACUUAAAUACUUUGCUUCCAGCAUUUUCAGAUGACAAGGUCAAAACAGAACGAGAAUUGCCACCAUUUAUACGUGGACAGAAUUUUAAGUGCCAGCACUUUCAUUAUGCACAGAAUCAAUAUUUUCAUGUUCACGGAGGAGUUGAAUUUGACAUUGGCACACCAUCAGUUGAGGAGAUUACAGAACCCUUUAAGGAUAUUUAUGAUUAUCUGCAAGAGAUUACUUCUGAACCAGUUUCAAAUGUAGGAUACAAAGAAUACUACCCCAUACCAGUCAUACAACAUAAUGGAAAAAGCUACUAUGUAAUAUCCUUUGACCUUGAAGCUUUCUAUCUUCAGUUAUACAAGACCCAGUGGUGGGGAGCCAUAACUGAAAUUAUGGAUGGCCUCAGACCCAAAAGACUUCCAUUAUCAGAUAUUCAAUUACAUGAGCAAUUCAAGAAAAAAUUUGGCUUCAAAAAAGCUAUGAAAUGCAAGAGUUUGCCCUAUGGUAUGAAGUGUACCGUUGAAAGAGGAUUAUAUGCUGCCUUCCAUACAUUUUGCCGAAAAACCUCAUCCGCCACGAUCAACGUUAUUGAUGAUCUGGGUUAUUCUAUUCUCCAUCAUGCUUCUAUGCACAAUAAAGUGCCAAUUAUAUGCCAGCUGUGUAGUGCUAAUGUGAAUGUCAACCAGAGACGUUAUGUGACAAGCAGUCAAGGAAGAGAUGCUCCCAAAUCAGACAUGAAAAAGGACAGGACUGGUAUAACAGCCCUCCAUCUCGCAGCUCAGGCUGGCUCAUUAGAAGCCACUAACUGUCUACUAAGUCACAAAGCAGAUUAUACCCUAUAUGAAAAAAGGGGAUGGAUGCCUAUACAUUUUGCUGCUUUCUAUGACAAUAUUUGCAUCAUCAUUGUUCUCUGUAGGAAGGAUGCUAAUUUGUUAGAAGUUGAGACGGCUUCUGAACAACGGUGUACACCAUUAUUACUGGCAGCCACAUCUGGAGCACUAGACACUCUCCAUUAUUUGUUUUCUCAUGGAGCCAAUUGGAGAAAAACAGACAGCAAAGGAAAUAAUAUAAUUCAUUUGUCAGUGCUAAACUUCCAUACAGAAAUAUUGAAGCAUAUUAUAGUUUUAAAUAUCCCAGAACUCCCAGUAUGGAAAACCUUGGUAGAAAUGUUGGUGUCUGACAAUUAUAAACGGAAGAUGAUGGCAGUCAUGUCCUUGGAAGUAAUUUGCUUAGCAAGUGAAAACUAUUGGAAGUGUAUUUUAGAUGCAGGAACGAUUCCUGCUUUAAUUCACCUACUUAAAAGUCACAAAUUGCAACUGAAGUGUAAAAUCACAGGGUUGCUGAGUAACAUCUCUACCCAUAGAUCUGUGUGCCAUGCAUUGGUAGAGGCAGGAGGUAUUCCAGUGCUCAUCAACUUGCUGCAUUUCGAUGAACCUGAGCUGCAGGCACGCAGUGCAGUUAUUCUCUAUGAUGUGGCUCAGAUUGAAAUCUACAAGCGCAUAAUCGCCAAACAUAAUGGAAUGCCUGCUUUAAUAAGUCUCUUGAAGUCAGACAAAGACUUCCUCCUGUUAAAUGUAAUGAAUUGUAUGAGGGUAUUAUGUAUAGGAUACCCAGAAAAUCAGAAAGCUGUGAAAGAUCACAAAGGCAUCCCAUAUCUUGUUUCCUUUCUGAGUUCAGAAUCAGAUGUGCUGCAGGCUGUAUCUUCAGCUGCAAUUGCUGAAAUUGCUCGUGGAAAUCCGGAUAUGCAGGAAGCUAUCGCCAGGGAAGGUGCAAUCAUGCCUCUUGUAGCACUUUUUAAAGGAAAACAAAUCAGUGUUCAAGUGAAAGGAGCCAUGGCUGUAGAAUCACUGGCAAGUCACAAUGGUGCUAUACAAAGAGGAUUUCUAGAAAAAUCAUUAACUAAAUAUCUCUUAAAACUCUUGAAGGCAUUUCACAUACCUGUUAAAGAACAAGGGGCUACAGCAUUGUGGGCUUUGGCAGGGCAAAGUCUGAAACAACAGAAAUUUAUGGCAGAACAGAUUGGAUACAAUUUUAUAAUUGACAUGCUUUUGUCACCAUCAGCUAAAAUGCAAUAUGUUGGAGGUGAAGCAGUCAUAGCUCUGAGUAAAGACAGCAAAGUGCACCAAAACCAAAUAUGUGAAGGAAAUGGUAUUGCACCUUUGGUUCGACUACUGAGAAUUAGCAAGAUAGCUGUGGGCACACUUUUGAGUGUUAUCAGAGCUGUGGGAACCAUAUGUAUAGGUGUGGCCCAUACAAACAAUGCUACCAGUCAGCAAUAUAUUGUAGAUGAGCAAGCCUUCCCUGUACUUAUUCAACUCCUGAGAAAUCAUCCAUCUGUUCAGAUUAAGGUUGAAGUGGCAUGUGCCUUGGCUUGCAUUGUCCUGAAGAAUAAUAAAUUGCAAGAUAUACUGCAAGAAAAAGAAGGUUUUAGGUAUGAUGAUGUCCUUUAUCUUCUUCAUUCACCAGAGAAGGAAAUUUGCUUAAGAGCGGGCUAUGCCAUAACUCUUUUUGCUUUCAAUAAUUGCUAUCAGCAGUAUUUAAUACUGGAAAGUGGAGCAAUUACAUUGUCAAUUUUUGAACCCUUUCUGAACUCGGAAAUUGAGACUGAACAAGCAAUGGCAGCCUUUCAGAUCAUUGUGUUAGCCAAAGUUAUUGUUGAUGCGGAUCAUAUUACUUUGAGUGCAAGAGGCAUUACUAUUUUAGUUGAUCUUCUGUAUUCAUGCAGGACAGCGACUCUGGUAUUAACAGGAAAUUUGAUAGCUAGCCUGACUCAUACCAGAGCUGGUCUUAUAGAAGCCUUUAGCACUCUAAGGACGAUUCAAAGGCUUUGCCACCACUUGUACUCAGAAAAAGAAGAGGUUCGUAUAUCUUGUGCCUGUGCUCUUGGCUACUUAACUUAUAAUGCAAAAGCUUACCGAUAUCUGUUAAAGGAAUGCAGAAAUAAGCCUAAUCAAUUUCUUCGUUUAAUGAAUAACCUCAGCAAAGAUGCGACUAUUUGCCCAGAUUUUGUAAAGGAAUUUCAAAUGCAAAGAAAAAUUGGGCUGCCUUCUUUAAGUCUAGAGAUAAAUGGAGGCCCAUCCAUAAUUCCUGUCUUUAAAAAAGGGAAAGAACAUAGAAGAAAAGCAAAAGCUAAAAUUCAGCCUAAAGACUCUUUGCUUUUAAUACCUCAUACAGGCAACUUAAUUGGAAGGCUCAAAGCGUCAAAGUUCACUACUUCUCGUAAAAUAAUUACUUUUUCAACUUCAGAUUCAACAGAUAUUAUAAAAGUUUCAAGGCCAAGAAUUGUGACUUUGAGCAAACUUAAGAUAAAACAGAAGAAAGCUGCUCAGGACACCCAGGGAAAUCCUUAUAAGCCAAUUCAAUAUGAAAACAUUGGCUAGAGAGCUUGGUAACAUUUUUAAAGAGGAAUUUCCAAAAACUGAAAGUGAAAAAUACAGUUCAGUAAUAAACUUUCUGUAGUAAAUUAGAAUACCUGCACUCAAACCUAAUAAAAUUUCAUGAUGGACACCAUGGCAGCAAAUGAAUAUUUAUGUCAUAAGCAACAUUUCAAAACAAGUAUGCGAUGAUAAAGAGGACUGGCUGAAGCAGACUACUCCUCUUUCAGAUUGAAUUUCCCACAUGUCCCUCUCCCUUCAAAUAAAGGCAGGAGAUGAGAGGAGAUCAGCUGAGAACCCUGAAUGACUGCACUGAAUGGGAGACAAAGGAAGUUGGCACAGUGCUGCUGCUGAAUAGGUCCAAAGCUGUGAUGAGAGGGAAGUGGCUACCAAGUGCACACAUGGCAUGUGCUUAUAUUUCUUUUAUAUAUGUAUUAUAGUAAUAUAAAAUGACAUUGUUUUA